AUGAAGUUGUCGUCAUUAGCGUAGACUAUUAGUGUAUAAGAAAGUAUAUUUCUUAGAGAUGUGUUGGCUAUGGUACAAUGCCAGGUAACUUUUAUCAGAACCAAUCAGAGGUACGAAACGUGUAUGUACGAAUUUGAAGUCCACGCGGAUAGCGUCAAUUACGUGAAUUGAGAUAUAAAGGGUCACCUAAACGCUUGACUCAGUAUUUAGUAGUUCGUGUUCCUAAACGUGCAUUAUUGAUUCCUACGCUGUAUAGCAGAAGUUUGGCAGGUAGUGCUGGGAGCUGAGGAAUCAGUAGAUGUCAGCCAGUAUUGACUUGCUUCUGAGGGAGCUGUGAACCAAAUGUUGCUUCUGGUAUGUUGUUCAGAUCCUGACCUGAAAAUGUAACAAUUAUGCCUGUACCACCUGCAAACAAAUCAGCUGUCAGGUCGGAGAUGGCACAAAUGAGAUUUCUACUUAUCGUGGUCUUUGCACUGGCUUGCUCAGCAUCACAUGAUCCACAUAUUCUGCGAUGUUUGGUGUGUCAAAAGCUAGUUGAGGAAAUCGAAUUUGAAGUGCAAAAAGUAGACCCACGGAAGAAGGUCGAUGUGGGCAGCUACAGAAUUGAUGCGAAUGGAAAUCAGGAUCAGAGAGCAGUACCAUAUGCACGAUCUGAACUCCAUCUGACUGAAGUACUUGAAACAAUAUGUAACAAAAUGGAUGAUUAUGUUAGAGCCACCUACAAAUCAUCUGGAGAAUUGACUGUACUUAAACUUAUAACAAAUGAUGGCAAACUGAACGAAGACAUGGGCAAAGUUGAUGUUAUUCAAGAUUCUGAUUUAAACAGAAGCCUUAAAUUUUAUUGUGAAGGCAUCGUGGAGGAAAAUGAAGAAGCUAUUGUGCGCCUGUUCAGUCAAAAGGAAGAUGAUAUAGACAUAAAGUUGUGUACUGAAUCUGCGAAACUGUGUUCAAUAACUUUAGAAAAGGAACAAGAAUUAUCUGAAAAUGAUGAAUUAUGACAUGUGCCCUUAAUGGGUUGAUGUCCCUGUUUUUAAAGAAGAGAACUGGAAACAGACUUGACAUUUAGGCUCCUUUUGAGUUUUAUGAAGAACUAUUCCAUGUACAGUAAUUAUUUAUGUAACUGACUGGUUGUUGUAGAUAUUGAGAUAAUACAGUAAUUCUGGUUUUUGUUUU